AUACUCUAUCUGCAUAGGCCUUGUCUCUGAGCUUCCCCUCUUCACCUCAGGGAAUCUCUUGGCAUUUCUCUGGUUUUCCCCUGCUUAGAUCACACCUACAAAACUAUCUCUGGGCAGUAGCUGGGGCAAUUGCAGGACUCACCAAAUUUGUUUUCAGAGGAUCACUGCCCUUCAUUGAUUGAUGCCCAGUGAUUGAAAAGGAUUUUUUUUUCACACAUUUUCUUUUUUUUCUUUUUAGUUGAUUCAGGCAAGAAAGUAAAUCUGGUCCCUGUUAUUCCAUUUUGACAGGGAACAGAAGUCUGUGGAGUUGAUCUUUCUAAGUUAAAAGCACUUCACAUUUUAAAAUUCUAAAGGACUUAACUUCAUUUUUUUCCUUUACAGCCCACUUACUGGGCGGGGGUUUUGCUUCUCUUCUAGCUGAUCGUUCAGAUUCAAACUGUUUUCACUUCCCAGUUCCUGCUGUUGCAACUACUUAGAGACAGUGCCGAGUGUUCCUGUUGAAGCAGAAACAUGACUGUGGAGGAGGCUUCUUCGAAAAUCUUACAGACAGACCCUACAUCCAGAGAAAGCAUGGAGGAGGGACGAUCUGGUAAAGGCCUCCAAAGAAAAUGCCUACCAUUUACAUCUCCUGUAAUCCCGCUUUACUGUUGCAUCAUCAUUAUUAUGUUCCUAGCUACAAUUGUGAUGGUACUUUCCACUUUUCUGGCAGUGAGAAACACAAAGCCGGUCUCGUAUGUUCUGUAUGUCACCUGCCCAAAAGAAUGGAUUGGAUUUGGAAGUAAGUGUUUUUAUUUUUCUGAAGACACAAGGAAUUGGACAUUCAGCAAGACAUUCUGUACUUCAUUAGAAGCUGUUCUUGCUCAGUUCGAAACCGAGGAAGAGCUGAACUUCCUGAAAAGAUACAAAGGCCCUUCUGACCAUUGGCUUGGCCUUAGAAGAGAAUCAUCAAAGCAUGGUUGGAAAUGGACAGACAGCACUGAAUAUAAUGCCUCGUUUGUCAUCAAAGGAGUUGGGGAAUGUGCCUACCUGAAUGACAUUGGACUUAGUAGUGCCAGGAACUACACACAUAGAAACUGGAUUUGCAGCAAGACAAAUAAUAAUGUCUCCAUAGACUUAAAUACUUUAAGGACUUUUUAGGGAAUUUCACGCACCGUCUCCAAGAGAUGCAUUAUAAAUUGUUAUAUACAGUUGCUGCUGUAUUUCUUGGCCUGCCAAAAAUAUUACCAAUGUGCAUUUAUAAUACUUGUUAACAGCAAAAAGGCAAGCUAUCCUUGAAUGAUGUAAUACAGGGAUUUGGAAGAGCAUGAUUCUAAAUUAAGUAGGUGUUAAGUAAUAUGAGUUGAUACUUAUAUUUUGAACCCAACAAAUAUGAAUGAAUUCCUCUUUUUCUAUACAGACAGCCCUGUAUUUGUACACAUGGGACCAUAAAAAUGACUAUGAUAGCUGAAACGGUGCAAAAUGAUUUUAAUAACCAAUGAGAAAAGAUACAAUUGGUUAACACUUUCAAAAUUCUCUUACUGUCAGUUGAAAAUAUAUAGGGAAAUUUUUAAAAGUACUAAGACUAGGGACUUCCCUGGUGGUCCAGUGGCUAAGACUCUGUGCUCC